CUUAUUGUGUUGGAAAUAUCAGAUUCUUUCUGUGCUUUUUAUUAAAUACUGAAUAUACAGAAGUAACAAUGGUUGAGCAAUACGUCGGUAAAUGGAAAAUGACUUCAAGUGACAAUUUUGAUGAAUACAUGAAAGCUGUAGGUGCUGGUUUUGCCUCUCGGCAAAUGGCAAACCUAGCAAAACCCAGUUUGACGAUUGCUGUGGAUGACCAGGGGUUCAUCUCUAUGAAAGCUGUCACUACUUUCAAGACCCUGGAAAUUAAAUUCAAAUUAGAUGAAGAAUUUGACGAGACAACAGCUGAUGACAGGAAAGUGAGGACUACCAUGAGCCUUGUAGACGGUAAACUUACUCAAAAGCAGUCUUGGGAGGACAAGACCACAAUAAUCGAAAGAGAGAUUCAAGACUCAAAAAUGAUAGCGAAAUGUACCAUGGAAGAUGUGAUCGCAAUCAGGACGUACGAGAAAGAUGCAUGACCGGAUGCUAUAAGAAAGAUUAAAGAGCUCAUUUGAUUUUAAAAUAGUUGAAUUUAAAUCCUCUUAAUAUUUGUGACAAUAAAAUACUUUUUAGCUUUAUAAAAACAACAUUA